GAAGUGGAAGGUAAGGCUGAGUGGCGGAGGACUCCCCCAAUAAGAUUUCUCGUGGUCUGGACCCUGUGGCUAGAGUGGACCAUUCAGAGGAGUGGGGUUGGGCCCGUCGGACGCUUGUUGUUGUCGGGUCGGGGGAGGCGGAGGUCGCUGUUUCGCUCUCUGGCUGGUGCGAUCUCGGCGGUCCGCGGCAGGUCGGUCGCGAAAGCGGGCGCUGCAGGGGGGCGAGGCUAUGUCGCGGCUGCAGCCCGUCUGGGCCGGCAGGGCCUGGAGUAACGGGACGUCGCCGCGAAGCUUCUUCCCCCGGAUACAGUGCGGCCCGAGUGGAGGCCGCGGCGCCGCCCUCCAGUCCUGAGGAACCCGCGCUGCGCAAAGCCCGCGCCGCCGUCAUCUCGGCACCGACACUAAGCAACCCGGCUAGCCUGGCUUGAUCUAGCCUAUUUCUGGCAGGAAGCAGCAAAGCAACCCAUAGAACCAGGGAAGAGCUCCCAUACAGGUGACCCUCAAGGCUCGAAACCCCAGAUGCCCGGUUCCGAACCGGAUAGCAGGUAGUGCUGCACUAGUCCCACUCGCACAAGGAGCUCCCUUCCCAAAGGACAUGAAGCUAUUGGAGAACUCCAGCUUUGAGGCCAUCAACUCACAGUUGACAGUGGAGACUGGAGAUGCCCAUAUUAUUGGCAGGAUUGAAAGCUACUCAUGUAAGAUGGCAGGAGAUGAUAAACAUAUGUUCAAGCAGUUCUGCCAGGAGGGCCAGCCACACGUGUUGGAGGCACUGUCCCCACCCCAAACUUCAGGCCUCAGCCCCAGCAGACUGAGCAAGAGCCAGGGUGGUGAGGAUGAAAGUCCUCUAAGUGACAAGUGCAGCCGCAAGACCCUCUUCUAUCUGAUCGCCACCCUCAAUGAGUCCUUCCGGCCAGACUAUGACUUCAGCACAGCCAGAAGUCAUGAAUUCAGCCGGGAGCCAAGCCUCCGCUGGGUGGUAAAUGCAGUCAACUGCAGCCUGUUUUCAGCUGUUCGGGAAGACUUCAAGGCCCUGAAGCCACAGCUGUGGAAUGCAGUGGAUGAGGAAAUCUGCUUGGCUGAAUGUGACAUCUACAGCUAUAACCCAGAUCUAGACUCAGACCCCUUUGGGGAAGAUGGAAGCCUCUGGUCAUUCAACUACUUCUUUUACAACAAGCGACUUAAACGAAUUGUCUUCUUUAGCUGCCGCUCCAUCAGUGGCUCCACCUACACACCCUCAGAGGCAGGCAAUGCACUGGACUUGGAACUGGGGGCAGAAGAGGUUGAUGAAGAGAGUGGAGGUGGAGGCGGUGAGGGCAGGGCAGAGGAGACCAGCACCAUGGAGGAAGACAGGGUUCCAGUGAUCUGUAUGUGAUGAGAAGAAGUGGAGGUCUCAGCUUCAUCCAGCUUCGACCAGUGCCUGGACCUGCCUACCUGAGGAGCUCCAGAGCCUUCCCAGAUGCCGACUACACCUUGGCACUGCCACCAACCUGGCACUGCCCAAGGCUAUACCUGCCUAGCCCUUUGGUUUCAGCCUGUGGAUGUCCACUUACCCCUGCAGGCUCCUACUGCCCAUGCUGUGGCUGGAUUAAACAGCACGGGGUCUGAUAGAAAAAGUGACUGCUCUGCACCAACAGUCUGUCACAGACAGGACAGCUGGACCACAGAGUUUAUUUUUGUAUUUCUUACUGGGCCUGUACACUCCACUCUAAGGGCCAGUGGUUUGAAGCCCUGUAAGUGGUGCCCAGUGUGUAUGGGACCUGGUCUUUGACCAGCCCCUCGUGCCCACUUUUGCCCCCCCCCCCCACUUCAUCAGGUGGGCCACAUGCACUGAGUGUCACUUUGCUGCAGCUCAUUUGUUUCCAAUAAAAGUUUCUGUGACUUAGA